GUACCCCCCUCUCUCCCUCCGUACACGUGCUAAAAAGCCCGUGUUCAUUUAUGUGGCGCAGUGCUACAAGGUCUCCACCAGGUUGUGAUCAGUUAACGAACAUGGACAGUAUCGCCGAGGAGUGUAACUCUCUCAAGAAAUUCUACGAUGACUGCUUUAAUAAGUGGUUCUCAGAGAAAUUCCUUAAAGGAGAAAUGGACGAAGCCUGUACCCCGAUGUUCAAGGCCUACCAGACGUGUAUCACAAAAGCCAUCAAAGACAGAAAAAUUGAUAUUGGUGAAUUACAACAGGAUGUUCUCGGAACUGAAAAAGAGAAACCCCCACCCCCACGCCGUGGAUGACCAGAAGAAAAGAAUUCCUGAAAAGCAGAACAUUUUUUUCUAACAAGCAAAGUUGAUAUCAUUAUUACUAUUAUUAUUAUUAUUAUUAUUAUAAUUAUGCUGUUCUGAUGCAUAACAGAAUCAGUUGUGAACAAGAGAGAAUGUCCACUGGUUGUUCCAACCGUUUAUGUUCUGUGUUCAAAACCCACCAAGGUCAAAUUUGCCUGUCAUCCCUCCAGGGUUGACAAAAUAAAGUACCAGUCAAGUACUCUGAGGUUGUUGGAAUCGACCAACCACGUCCCCUCAAAAUUGCUGGCCUUGUGCCUAAACCAGAAACAAUCAUCAUCAUCAUCAUCAUCACCAUUAUCAUUAUUAUUAUUAUUAUUAUUAUCCCGCCUAGGUCAACUUUGCCUUUCAUCCUU